AUGAAUGAAAAGAAAAUGGCUCUCCUGGACAUUUUGAUUAUUAAUUUCACUUUGUACAGUCUAUAUUGGUCAUAUAGCACAUUCUUAAAGAUGCCUCCCAUCGUUACCAAAGGAUACCAAAGGAUGUGGUCAGUGGAAGUCACUGUAACUUUCUCAAACAACUCUUAUUUUCUACAGAGAACUCCUCCACAGACAACACAACAGCAACAUCAACAACAUCAUCAGCAACAGCAGCAACAGCCACAGCAUACAACGACCCAUCGUGUGACCGCAGCGCCGCAUAAGCCUCUCAUCCAGGACAGGCACGUGACGGGGGAUGCAAGCCGGAAGUGCAACGGGCUCCAUGCGUUGGAGAAGUCUCCAGAGAUCAAGAAGGAGGAGAAGUCAGGACCGGUAAGUCCUUUCUGCUCUCUUGUGUGCUUUGUUGGUGAUAGAAGGAGUGAUGUGCAAUGUUAUGAUUGA